AUUAGGGUGGCUGUUAACUUCGAUGGCUUUUACUACUCAUGAGUCUUUUAAAAGUCAAGCAGCCAGAAUGUUAUAAUUUAUGAAUAGUCAACUGCAAAUUGUGUCCAUGUGUUCAUAGUUCAUGUUCUGGCAAAAUGAGCAGGAUCAUUUCAAUGGCAAUGACCAUCCUGCUCCGCGGAGUUUUCUUGAUUUUCUUGAUAAAUAUCGGAGGGAUUCUAUCAGAUCCUCAAACUAAAUUGUUAAAGCAAGAUUGCAGCGGGUUUAAAAUUGCUGUUGAGAUAUCGGAUUUCUUGAGCAAUUUUAACAGAACAUUUGGAGACAUAAGGAAACAGUUGUCCAAUGACAGCAACAUUCACUUUGCCACCGCGGUUUAUACUGAUGUGUACGGGAUGGUCCAGUGCAGAAAUUAUCUUACUAGUGCAGAUUGUGUUGCCUGCCUCGAUGUUGCCUGGACUGAAAUCAGACGGAAUUGUUCUACUGCUGAUGGCGGUCAUGUCAUAUACGAGGGCUGCUUCCUCAGGUAUGAGGCGCAUAACUUCUUUACGCAGAGCUUACUGGUGACAUUUGAAUCCACUGCUGGUGUAUGCAGCCCUGACCAAAGUAAAUCUGAGGCAACAGCUUUCAAUCCGGUAGUGGAUGCGUUGAUAACUGAUCUUGCAUCUGCCACACCGAAGAUUGAUGGCUUCUUUGCAGCAACUACGAGGCCUGUGUUGAGUGGUGGUGCCACGACAACAGUUUAUGCUGUUGCACAAUGUAUUGAAACUAUAAGCCAGAAGGAUUGCCAAAGUUGCUUGACAACCGCGUAUAAUAACAUCCAAAGCUGCCCUCCUGCUUCUGACGGAAGUUCUGCUGAUGCUGGUUGUUUUCUAAGAUAUUCCGAUGCCUCAUUUUUUGGUGAUAAAAGCAUAAUUGACAUCACACCGUAUCUUCCAGGAGGAGGAAGUUCAAGCUCGAAGACAACGAUUAUUGGGGGUGUAGCUGGUGGUACAUUCAUUCUUCUGCUCAUCCUUGCUGUGCUUUUAUGGUAUCAAUUAAUAAGAAAGCGGAAAAUAGCUGAAAGAGGGGAUAUUUUUGGAAUAAGCAAGUUGCAGGGGCAAGUUCUUUACAGAUUCAAAGAUUUAAAAUCAGCGACAAAGAGCUUUAGCGAAGACUUCAAAAUAGGAGAAGGCGGUUUUGGAGAUGUAUACAAGGGCACGAUAAAAAAUGGUGAUGUGGUUGCUGUAAAGAAACUUUCAAUUGCCACAAGCAAAGCGAAGACAGAUUUUGAGGGUGAAGUUAAGCUUAUAAGUAAUGUUAAUCACCGCAAUAUCAUACGUUUAUUAGGCUGUGGUAGCAGAGGGUCAGAGCUACUUCUUGUGUUUGAGUACAUGGAAAACGGAAGCCUGGAUACAUUCCUAUAUGGUGCAAAACGGGGGUCUCUUAGCUGGAACCAACGCGUUGAAAUAAUUAUUGGCAUAGCCAAGGGCCUUGCCUAUCUUCAUGAUGAAUUUCAUAUAAGUAUCAUACAUAGAGAUAUAAAAUCAAGCAACAUUCUACUUGAUAAUGACUUUCAACCCAAAAUUGCGGAUUUUGGGUUGGCAAGACUAAUACGCGAUGAUCAAAGUCAUCUCACUACUAGAUUUGCCGGGACUCUGGGAUACACAGCACCGGAGUAUGCAAUCCAUGGACACUUAUCUGAGAAAGUCGAUACCUACAGCUUUGGCAUCGUGGUACUAGAAAUUAUUAGUGGCCGACGGAGUACCAAUUUUGACAUGGAGCCUGUCACUAAUUCCCUUCUCCAAGAUACGUGGAAUUUGUAUGAAAGCGACAUGCAUUCAGAUUUGAUCGACGAGACUCUAGAUCCAAAAGAUUAUAACAUGGAUAGUGUUAAAAGGAUCAUAGAGAUUGCUCUGAUGUGCACUCAGUCACCAGCUUCGGUGAGACCAGCGAUGUCUGAAGUAGUUGUUUCCCUUACAAAUGAUAGUUCCAUGGUGCCAAAACCACCACCAGGAAAACCUACUUUAUUCUAGUACUGUAAAUUAAAGAACUGUAGAGGUGCAAUAUAUAUUCUCUGCUUAAAUUUGUGCUAUAAAUUCAGUAGCAAUGUACAAAAGAUACUAUUUUACUAUGUACUAAAUAUACAUUAAUUCUCUUAUUAUUUAAAAGAAAGAAAAAUAAUAAAACAGAAAUGUUGUUUGUAA